UGCAUGCAACGCAAAUCAAACAGGAAAAGAUGGUUGUAGCCUUAGUGUUUCUUUUUGAAAAAGGUAAACGAAAGGCGUUAGGCGUACAGAAUACAUUGUAACUCUUGUCUUAUUGAACGUAUGGCAACGUAAUGUAAUUAAUUUGAAGUAUGAUUAGUUAAGUGUUAUCGUGGCCGAAAUCGAAAAUCUACGGAACUGUUUUUCCUCUUAAAGAUUGACCACUGUCAAGUCCCUCGUGAACACUGAGGACCAAACUGCGUUGAAAUGACUGACUGCUUUCGUCUCAUAAAUGAUGCUUACAAAGGUUUAUUGGCGAAGGCAUCACCCAGCAAAAGUAGCCAUGAGUUAGCGUCCUGCAUGUUCAAAUGUGUAUGUGAACUGAGAACUGAUGAUUUUCAUUCUCAGCACCAACCCAGAGAACCCUUAAUGUUCUUAGAAUAUUCUAAGAACCCAGAUAAGAUCGAACUGGCUUGUCUUGUGUUGACCUUGGUUAACAAAAUUAGCACCACGCUGACAUCUCAAGAAUUACCUCAAGAAACUAUCCUUUAUUUCAAAGCUGUCUCAACAGAAUUAUUCCAAGAUAUGGAUUUUAUGUCCAAGCUUGUUCAUCUUUUUAGCUGCAAAGACAGGUUGCUGUCUCAUCUUGCUGCAAUGAGUGUUUCAUCUUACGUUCUUUUUGAACUACGUUGUUUUAAUUCUCUCAACCAGAUUUGGGAACAGAAGUGCUUGCAAGUGCUCCAAAACCGUUGCUAUGGCAUUGAACUGGAUGCGUUCAUGUGGUCACUUACCACUGUUCUGAAAGCAUUUCUAAAAAAACCUGCUGAAUAUAAUCUGGGAACUUUGGAGGAACUUCUUGCUGCCUUUGACCCAGGUCUCACUGCACUUUACACCCAGCUUCUUCCUCAAGAGAGAGAUGGCCAGGGAGACUCUGCCUCGGACGUCAGUUGCAGCACAGUAGAUUGGGCUACAACUCUGAGCACCCUCCUUAACUUGCUGGAAGUGCUCACUGCAGCCAGGUUCAAACUAAGUGCUGCUAGCGUCCGUCUCACCAGUCCAAGGCUGUCCCUCAUACAGGCAUCUCCUCUGCUGCACGUGGUCGACUCCCACGUCAACUACUUUGUUAAAAAACAAGUGCUGCUGCUUCUGAAGAGGACUCUCCUCUACAAGGCAGGCGAGGACAUGGCUUUGGCCGAGAUGUCAGCCCCAGCGUAUGCGCAUGAUCACAUGACCAGUGACAUUCAUGCCCUGGCUGAUGGAGUGCUGCAGGCGGUGCAUGCCAAUUGGUUAAAAUGUGUUCCGGUUAAAUCAGCUGCCAGUUCAUUUGGAGGAACAAGCCUGUUGAGGGGCGGGAGCAUUACAGAUUCAGAUCAUGUGAUGCUGAGAGCUGUGAGUCUUGUCGUGCUCAAGUCGGUGGAAUACAAAAUCCAGUCGGCUGGUACAAAAGGUUGUUCCACUGAUGUCUAUGGCUGCCUGAGUGCCUUGCUGUUGUUCCUCAGUCAGCAUGGGGUACGGCUGGGACGUCACCCCUGCCGCUGGGUGUCCUUGGUGUUUGGAGAGCAGGACGAUGACAUGAUGGAAGCUGCCAAGUCGCUGCUCCUCCUAUACCUCCAUCAGAGAGGGUUCUCUGGCCUGGAUGGUGAAGCUGCCUGUACUGCUGGCAGGAACCCCCACUGCCACUUCCUGUUCUUCCUCCACAGUAUUUCUUUUGACCACAGCAUCCUCCUUGACUUCCUCAUCUCCACUGAAACCUGCUUCCUCGAGUAUUUUGUCCGUUACCUGAAACACCUCUGUGAUGAUUGGGACAGCUUCCGUGCAAUCUGUCAGAAGAUGGAUUCAUUUGACCAGUGUGAACAGAGCUCCAAGAUUAGCUUGAAUGUCUGUCAACUAAAUAGCCAGAAAGAGGGACUGCAGCAGCAGUCGUCGUCUGUCUCUUGUGGGAGCAUGUCUACCUUAAGCCAUCAUGGCGGUUCAGUUUCCAUCUUGGAUCCAGAGCCAGCCCAGCGACUGCAGCCCAGCCUGUGUCUGCCCUCAUGUAGUACAUCUGUUAUGGCCUCUCCUCUCCGUCUGGUGGACUACGGCAGUUCAGAUGAGUCUGAGACUGAGAUGGAGGUUUCCAAGGGCGGAUUGGAUCCUGGAGCGAGAAGGACAGAGCUAGGAAGAAAUCUAGUGCCCGACAGCACCGAGGUGAGAGGGAAUGUGGUCUCUGCUAGCAUCGGGCCUCUUAUGGACACACACAUUGGAGACAAUGGACAUUUGUCCACUCUACAGAUUACAAAAAUGAAGUGUUCAGUAGAGUCGACUCAUAACCCACAGUUCGGAGAGAGCCAGUGGACAUUGGACCCUGUGAAGGAGACACCGAGAGAUCUCUCCUCAGGCCCAACACAUGUUAGGCUAGACAGCAACUCCGUCAUUCAGACACACAAUAGUGUUACUCUGUGUAGGAUGCUUAGGUGUCUCACAGAACUCCGAGUAGUGGUGGACAGGCUGCAGAGGAAGAGUCUUUUCCCUUACAAUUCCAAAUCGCUCCUGAAACUGCUGAUGAAGAUUGAAGCUCUGUAAUGAUGUAAUACACUCACUGGCCACUUGAUUAUGUACACCUAUUUAGUGUCUGGUACCCUUUUGCCUCCAUUGGUUUGAAGCGUUGCGGAUUCAAAGAUGCCAUUUUGUACUCCACUGUUGAAAGGAGUGGUUUGAGUAUUUGUGUCCUUUCUGUUCAUCUGAACAAGUCUGGCCAUUCUCCUCUGACCUUUCAUUAACAAGGUGUUUGGCAAUUUGCAUUGACAAGCAGGCAUACCUAAUGAAGUGGCUGGUGAGUGGAAAUAAGUUAUUAGUUGUUGUUUUUUUUCUAAAUCAGUAUGAAAAUCAGGAAUUUUCUAAUGUUUUAUAAAAAUUGUUUCAUGAAAUGUUUUAUUCUGCCUUUUUUAUUUCUUGGCUUCCACCAGUAUUUGUAUUAUAUUAACAUUGGGGAUGUUGUGGCUGUAUAACAUUCUGGAGGUUGUGCCAAAUUAUCCUGAUGAUAGUUUACCAUAACAAUUUCCUUUAUUUCCUUAAUACAUUAUCACAAUAUAUUGGCUUCCAUACAUGACUGACAUGUGAUAUCUCAAGACUCAAAAAGCAUUUAAAUGGAAUUUGGGGUUAACGAUGCAUCAUGCUGAAAUAAUCUGGCAUAUAUUAAAUGAAUGUUUACCCAUUAGCCAGAUG